GUCUCGUCGACUAACCAGUUUUAAACCAGCAUCUAUCUUUUGUUCUGAACUUCUGGAAAUCAUACAGGGCAUUAUGUAUACAUUUGGUGGAAUUCCUAUUCUCGUGGUGGUGUGGUGUGGACUAGCUCACACUCUGGACAAUCUCUCACUGGAUGAAGCAUGGGAGGGCUGGAAAAUCACCCAUAGGAGGGAGUACAAUGGCCUGGAUGAAGAGUCUAUUCGACGGACGAUUUGGGAGAAGAACAUGCUGCUUAUUGAGGCCCAUAAUAAAGAGUAUGAACUGGGGAUUCAUACCUAUAAUCUGGGCAUGAACCAUUUUGGAGAUAUGACAUUAGAAGAAGUGGCAGAGAAUGUGAUGGGACUCCAAAUGCCCAUGUACCGUGACUCAGCAAACACAUACGUGCCUGGUGACACAAUGGAGAAGUUGCCCAAAUCAAUUGACUACCGUAAACUGGGAUACGUCACUUCUGUCAAGAACCAAGGUUCGUGCGGCUCAUGCUGGGCCUUUAGCUCUGUUGGGGCCUUGGAAGGUCAGCUGAAGAAGACCAAAGGUCAACUGGUAGACCUCAGUCCUCAGAACCUGGUGGACUGUGUGACUGAAAAUGACGGCUGUGGUGGAGGAUACAUGACAAAUGCUUUCAAAUACGUCGCAGACAACCAAGGCAUUGAUUCAGAGGAGAGCUACCCCUAUGUUGGAACGGAUCAGAAAUGUGCCUACAACAGUUCAGCGAGAGCAGCCAGUUGUAAAGGGUAUAAAGAGAUUCCUCAGGGUAAUGAGAGGGCACUGACUACUGCUGUGGCAAAGGUGGGACCUGUGUCAGUGGGUAUAGAUGCCAUGCAGUCCACCUUCCUGUACUACAAAAGCGGUGUGUACUAUGAUCCCAACUGCAACAAGGAUGAUGUCAACCAUGCAGUGCUAGCUGUUGGUUACGGAGUCACACCGAAAGGCAAAAAGUACUGGAUUGUGAAGAACAGUUGGGGUGAAGACUGGGGAAAGAAGGGGUAUGUCCUGAUGGCUCGUAACCGUAACAAUGCAUGUGGUAUUGCCAGCCUGGCCAGUUACCCAGUCAUGUGAGAGCUGGAAGCAGGGAGCUCAAAAGGGACCAAACUUGUCUGCUGCUGACCAAUAACAAAAGGGACUCAUUAUCACUAUCAAUGACCU